AACUAUUUCGUCUUGAAAGUUUGGACCAAUCGGAUUCUUUGUUACAAAUAUUGCGGAAGCUAAUACCAGGAAAUGGUAUAAAACUGAUAGGUAUCCUGGCUGCGCUCACAAGAACUAGCUCUUCCAACCUGAAGCAGCUGUUCAAGUCUUGGCGCAAAUCAGAGGUUGUCUUGUCUCUUUCGUUUUUUGUUGCCGUUCGUCAAUAACAGACUGCAACCAUGACGGACUGGUCAGCGGAUCCGGACUUCAAGUACCUGGCGGUGGACCGUAAUAAGUUGAUGAAAGAGCAGACCCAGCCUUUCGAUGGCAAGAAAGCUUGUUGGAUCCCCGAUGAAAAGGAAGGCUUCGCACGCGCAGAUAUUGUCUCGUCCAAAGGUGACGAAAUCACUGUUAAACUCGUCAGUACCCAGCAGAACAAAACAGUGAAGAAGGAUGACCUUCAGCAGGUGAAUCCACCCAAGUUUGAGAUGACGGAUGACAUGGCCAACAUGACAUACCUGAAUGAAGGCUCUGUGCUUAACAACUUGAGGACUAGAUAUUAUAACGGAUUCAUCUAUACAUACUCUGGUCUCUUCUGCGUCGCUGUGAACCCCUACCGUCGUCUGCCGAUUUAUCUGGACUCCAUCAUCGAAAAGUACCGUGGUAAGAGGAAGUUAGAAAUGCCACCCCAUUUGUUCUCCGUAGCUGACAACGCUUUCCAGUUCAUGUUGCAAGAUCGUGAAAACCAGUCCAUGUUGAUUACUGGUGAAUCUGGAGCUGGUAAGACUGAGAACACGAAGAAAGUAAUCAUGUACUUCGCCAAGGUGGCCGCUCAACUCCAGAAACAGACAGAGGAAGAGAAGGCAGCCGCCGCAGCCUCCAAGAAGGGUACCCUUGAAGACCAGAUUGUGCAGGCUAACCCAGUACUUGAGGCUUACGGUAACGCCAAGACAACCCGUAACAACAACUCCUCUAGAUUCGGUAAAUUUAUCCGUAUCCACUUUGGUCCUACUGGAAAAAUCGCUGGAGCCGAUAUCGAGACUUACCUACUGGAGAAGUCUCGUGUAACGUACCAGCAGUCGGCUGAGAGAAACUAUCACAUCUUCUAUCAGAUGAUGACACCUGCUUUUCCAAAAUACCAUGAGAUGUGUUUGGUGCAGCCAGAUCCAGGACUCUAUUCUUUCAUCAACCAGGGAGUACUCACUGUGGAUGGUAUUGAUGACGUUGAGGAAAUGAAACUUACCGAUGAUUCAUACGAUGUGUUAGGCUUCACCCAGGACGAGAAGAACAGCUUGUACAAGAUCACUUCCGCCAUUGUCCAUGCUGGUGAGAUGAAAUGGAAGCAGCAUCCAAGAGAAGAACAGGCGGAAGCCGAUGGCACUGCUGAGGCUGAGAAGGUUGCUUUCCUGCUUGGUGUUAACAGCGGUGAUUUGCUUAAGGGCUUCUUGAAACCAAAGAUCAAGGUCGGCACAGAAUUUGUCACCCAGGGCAGAAACAAAGACCAAGUUGUCUAUUCGGUCAGCGCCAUGGCCAAAUCUACCUACUCCCGCAUGUUUGAGUGGCUGGUCAAGAGAGUAAACUUAACCCUUGACACAAAAGCGAAGAGAAAUUACUACAUUGGUGUGUUGGAUAUUGCCGGUUUCGAAAUUUUUGACUUCAACAGUUUUGAGCAAUUGUGUAUCAACUACACCAAUGAGAGACUCCAGCAGUUCUUCAACCAUCACAUGUUCGUACUGGAACAGGAAGAAUACAAGAAGGAAGGUAUUGCUUGGGAAUUCAUUGACUUCGGUAUGGACUUACAGGCCUGCAUCGACCUUAUCGAAAAGCCCAUGGGUAUUUUGUCCAUUCUUGAGGAAGAAUGCAUGUUCCCGAAGGCUACAGACAAAACCUUUGAGGAAAAGCUUAUGAUCAACCACCUGGGCAAGACCAAGAAUUUCCAAAAACCAGUGAGGAGCCGAAAAGGAGGUGGUGCUGCCCACUUCGAGUUGGGUCAUUACGCUGGAGCGGUACCAUACAACAUCACUAACUGGCUUGAGAAGAACAAAGAUCCAAUCAACGAAACUGUUGUCGGUAUUCUCUCCGAGUCUAAGGAAGCACUUGUCGCGUCCCUGUUUGCAAUACCUUCUGGAGGCGAUGGUGCUCCAAAGAAAAAGGGUAAAUCAUCUGCUUUCCAGACAAUUUCUGCCACCCAUAGAGAAUCUCUGAACAAGCUGAUGAAGAACUUGUACACAACCCAUCCUCACUUUGUACGUUGCAUCAUUCCCAACGAGACAAAGUCCCCAGGUGUCAUCGAUGCCGCCCUUGUACUCAACCAGCUCCAGUGUAACGGUGUACUUGAAGGUAUCCGUAUCUGCAGAAAGGGCUUCCCCAGCAGAGUCCUCUACGGUGAAUUUAAACAGAGAUAUUCUAUCCUGGCUCCAAAUGCCAUUCCACAAGGAUUUGUUGAUGGCAAACAGGUCACCGAAAAGAUUUUGGAAGCGCUCCAGAUGGAUCCUGCUGAAUACAAAAUUGGUAACACCAAAGUAUUCUUCAAAGCUGGUGUAUUGGGUAUGCUUGAAGACAUGCGGGAUGAGCGUCUCUCCAAAAUUGUCUCCCUUUUCCAGGCGUGGAUCAGAGGUUACAGUAUGCGCAAACAGUAUAAGAGACUUCAGGACCAGAGAACCGGUCUGUCCCGAAUUCAGAGAAAUAUCCGUAAAUGGAUGGUGCUGAGGAACUGGCAAUGGUGGAAACUGUACACAAAGGUGAAGCCACUGCUUAGUGCCGCACGUGCAGAGGAUGAAAUGAGGCAGAUGGAAGAGGAAUUUAAGAAAUGCAAAGAAGAGCUUGCCAAGAUUGAAAAAAUAAAGAAGGAAUUAGAAGAACAAAAUGUUGAUUUAAGAAGACAAAAAGAUGACAUGUAUUUCCAACUCCAAGCUGAGCAAGACACGAUGGGCGAAUACGAAGAGAAAAUGGAAAAUUUGAUCAAGGAAAAAGCUGAAUACCAGGCCCAAAUUAAGGACCUCGAGGAGCGAUGUCUUGAUGAGGAGGAUGCUGCCGCUGAACUGCAAGCCGUCAAACAAAGAAUGGAGGAAGAGGCUCAGAAACUGAAAGCGAACAUUGAUGAUCUUGAAAGCACUCUUGCAAAGGCUGAACAAGACAAAACUACUAAAGACAAUCAAAUUAGAACACUUCAAGAUGAAAUGGCCUCUAUGGACGACAAUAUCGGCAGGUUGAACAAGGAUAAAAAGAAUUUAGAAGAGACUGUUAAGAAAACUCAAGAUGCUCUUGCUGCGGAAGAGGAUAAGGUCAACCAUCUAAACAAAGUGAAACAAAAGCUUGAAUCUGCUCUUGAUGAGCUGGAAGACAACCUAGAGCGUGAAAAGAAGGUUCGUGCUGAUGUUGAGAAGGCAAAGAGGAAGGUGGAAAUGGAUCUUAAAUCUACACAGGACGCUGUGGAGGAACUUGAACGUGUCAAAGCCGACCUUGAAGGCAAUGUCAAGAGGAAGGAGAGUGAAAUCAAAUCUCUAAACUCGAAAUUAGAGGAUGAGCAGAAUCUCGUGGCUCAACUUCAGAGAAAGAUCAAGGAACUGUUGGCGCGCAUUGAGGAACUGGAAGAAGAGUUAGAGGCUGAGAGGCAGGCCAGAGCAAAGGUCGAAAAGCAGAGAGCGGAACUCAGCCGCGAGCUCGAAGACCUCAGUGAACGUCUUGAUGAUGCUGGUGGUGCCACUGCCGCUCAGGUUGAGUUGAACAAGAAACGUGAAGCUGAACUUCUAAAGCUUCGCCGUGAUCUGGAGGAGCAGGCUCUCCAAUCUGAGUCUCAAAUUGCAUCUCUGCGCAAAAAGGCAAGUGAUGCCGCAAAUGAGAUGGCAGACCAGGUCGAUCAACUUACUAAGACUAAACAGAGGGUUGAAAAGGAGAAAAUGCAGCUUAAAAGCGAGGUUGAGGAUCUACAUGCUCAAAUCGAUCACGUCUCAAGAAACAAAGGUAUGUCCGAGAAGAUGUCCAAACAAGUCGAAGCCCAGAUUGCAGACCUCAACGCUCAACUUGAGGAAAGUCAACGCAUCAUCCAAGACCUGAAUACAUCAAAGAAUAGAAUGCUGAAUGAAAAUGCAGAUCUUACACGUCAGCUCGAAGAUGCUGAGAGCCGUUUGAACCAGUUUGGUAGAGAAAAAGCUAACUUACUGUCUCAGCUUGAAGAUGCCAAACGUAGUCUUGAAGAGGAGAGUAGGGCUCGCCAGAAACUAGCCACUGAGGCAAGAAACCUCCAAGCUGAUAUUGACGCUCUCCGUGAGCAACUCGAGGAGGAAUCCGAAGCAAAGGCUGAUAUGCAGAGACAACUUUCUAGAGCAAACGCCGAAGCUCAGUCUUGGCGCGUCAAGUACGAGAGCGAAGGCAUGGCUCGUGCUGACGAACUGGAGGAAGCUAAACGCAAGCUGCAAGCCAAACUUCAAGAAAUGGAAGCAGCCCUCGAUACAGCCAAUACAAAGAUCAAUAAUCUUGAGAAAACGAAAACAAGACUCCAGGGCGAACUCGAAGAUGCUGUUAUAAAUGUAGACAGAGCGAAUGCUACUAUCAGUCAGCUUGAAAAAAGAAACCGAUCAUUCGAUAAAACAGUUGCUGAAUGGCAAGCUAAAGUCCGCUCUCUCCAGGCUGAAUUUGAAAACGUACAGAAAGAGUCACGAAGUUAUUCAGCUGAACUCUUCCGUAUUAAGAUACAGUUGGAUGAAUCCAACGACACCAACGAAUCCCUGAAGAGAGAGAACAAGAACUUGGCAGAUGAAAUUAAUGAACUGAAUGACCAACUCGGCGAAGGUGGACGAAUGGUUCAUGAGCAUGAUAAGGCCCGUCGACGUCUAGAAAUUGAAAAGGAAGAACUUCAAGCUGCCCUUGAAGAAGCUGAGUCUUCCCUUGAACAAGAAGAGGCGAAGGUAUCACGUGCUCAGCUAGAGAUAAACACUAUUAGACAAGAAAUUGACAAACGCAUCGCUGAAAAAGAGGAAGAAUUUGAGAACACAAGACGAAAUCACCAAAGAUCUCUUGACUCGGCCAAUGCCAGUCUGGAAGCUGAAGUUAAGGGAAAACUAGAGGCUCAGAAAAUACGUAAGAAACUUGAACAAGACAUUAAUGAACUCGAAGCUUCUCUAGAUGUAAGCAAUCGCUCUAGAGCAGAUGCUGAGAAGAACGUCAAGAGAAUGCAAGAAGUGCUUAGAGAAAUGCAGUCUGCUAUUGAAGAAGAACAGCGUAAGGCCAACGAUGCUCGUGACGCAUAUGAAAUGGCAGAAAGACGUACGAACGCCGUUCAGGCUGAAUGCGAAGAAAUCCGAUCUGCACUGGAGACAGCAGAUAGAGCACGCAAGGCAGCUGAAAAUGAACUUGUUGAAACAGCAGACCGUGUAAACGAGCUCUCUGCUAGUCUUCAGAGCGCUAGUGGCCAGAAGAGAAAGCUUGAAGGUGACAUUAGCGCUAUGCAAGCUGACCUGGAUGAAAUGAGCACUGAAGUGAGAUCAGCCGAAGAGAAAGCAAAGAAGGCAGCUUUGGAUGUUCAACGCAUGACCGACGAAGUUCGUUCCGAAAAGGAGCACUCUUCAUCUAUUGAGAAAAUGCGACAUGCGCUUGAAUCACAAGUGAAAGACCUCACCCUCCGUCUUGACGAAGCAGAGGCAUCGGCUUUGAAGGGUGGAAAGAAAAUUAUUGCCAAACUCGAAUCGAGGGUGCAGCAACUGGAAGCUGAAUACGAGGCAGAACAGAGACGACAUGCAGAGACACAGAAAACUGCCCGCAAAGCUGAUCGCCGCCUCAAGGAGCUUGCCUUCCAAGUCGAUGAAGAUAGAAAGAACCAGGAAAGAUUGCAAGAGCUCAUUGAUAAACUACAAGGCAAAAUCAAGACGUACAAGCGCCAAUCUGAGGAGGCUGAAGAGGUAGCUGCUGUGAAUCUCGCGAAAUACCGCAAGGUGCACGAGGAGCUCGAGGAUGCUGAAUCACGUGCUGACACAGCUGAGAACAUGCUGCAGAAGGUUCGCGUGCAGAAUCGCAGUAUGUCAACUGUCCGCGGCAGCACUGUUAUAAGAUCCUCCGUUACGGCUUCUAGCACUGACUGAAACUUGAGCAAUGUAACUGUUUAGGAAUCCUGAUUGUAGUUUCUCCCAUUCGUCUAAUCUUUACCUCAUGUCUACACCACUUUCUCGUCGUCCGGUGGGGGUGAUGACAAUAAUUCCUGGAGUCCAUAAUUUAACCAGUUCUUUCCGUUUCCGGUGGUUGCCAUCUUGAGUUCUCCAAGUAGUACAGCAUUCGGAUUAUCUGUGAUUGACUAUUUGACAUAAUACUCCAAACGUAAAUUUAAAGUAAGAAAUAUCAAUGUAAUGAUGUCUUAUAAACAAACGAGACACUACAGAUAUUAUGCCAAGACAUUUCAAGACAACCUCAAAGACGUUUACUUUAUAUUUCUUAGUUAAAAGCAGCGUUUCAAGGGUAAAACAAAUCUUUAAAUAGAAACUGUGAUAGUUAUUAAUAUAAAUAUACAAAUGAAAUACAAAUGACAUAUCUAAUUACAAAGAUAUGUAGACAUUUUAAGACAACUAAACUCCAGCUGAUCUCUGAUGUCGCUUUAAUCAAUGGGAUCAUUAAUGAUCCCUCGCAGGACGUAAUAGUUGUAUGUUAUUAUUAGCAAAGUGCAUUGAUUUUAGUCAUUUUUGCCUUUGUUAAAUUGUUUAUUGGGAAGACAUGACAUCCAGUAGCAAUAAAGUAAAUAUUACUUACA